UAGUGAGAUCGUUCACACUGCAGCUCAUUCGCACAUUGCUAGUGAUACAACAGAGAGAAACCAUGUCAGUACUUGGUGGUUUAAAAGGAUUUCAUUUUAACUUCAUGAAUACUUUGUGAGAAGCAUCGAGGAAGGCAAAAACUUCACUAUUUUAUGUUUUGGUGCUGAUGUUAAUGGUUAAAUGCCUCUGUUUUUUGUAGAACAAUGUGGCUCACCAAAACCUGCAAAUAUAUUUUCAAUGCUUUCUUGCUGCUGUGUGUUGUAUCUUUACAAGGCCAUGAAACCCUUGAUUGUACUCUGGAUGUGGCUUAUUUGAAGCAGACGAUCAAUUUAAAUGUUGGACAACAUCUAAUGCUGAAUUGCACAGUAGAUUUUUGUUCUACGAAUGGACAACUGUCGACAGUAUAUUGGUGUAAAUUUUCUGGGAUCAAAUGUAACCAGUUGAAUACACAUAUUCACAAUGGAGGUGCGAAAUUUCAGAACAAAACAAGAAUGCUUGUGAUUUAUGAAGUUUCUUCUGUUAACCUCAAUGAUAGUGGUACAUUCCAAUGUCAAGCUCAUCAAGGAGUCGAAUUAUCAAUAGGUCAUUCCAUCACUGUGCAUGUGCGAGAGAAUCCAACAGAGGCACCUCAUGCAAUCAAUAUAACUGCUGCUGUGACAAACAACACAAUGAGUACUACACAAGCUUCCAUGCAGACCCCUAGUUGGAUUUUGUAUUGUCUCAUUGGUUUGGGAGUUGUGGCUGCAAUAAUAUUUAUUGUAAUGAUAACAUAUUUUUGCCUCAGAAAUAUUGAAGAUCCCCUUGAAUCAAAAGAAGACAGGAAAAAAAGCAAGCACAGUACUGUGGCAGAAGCAAAUGGAAACUCUACUAUCUAUGAAAAUGAACUUCCUGAAAGGCCGCGUUUUUCUGAUCCAAAUUCCAUUUUUGCUCCUACCAAUAAAAAUCAUCAUACUCACAGUCCUUCUAGACCUUACACAAAUCAAGUGUGUUUCAUCAACGUACCUGUGGAUGACCCGAUUAUUUAUGCCUCAUUGAAUCAAUCUGCUUUAUCGAGAAAACGAUCAAUUAUCUUUACUGAAGAGGAAACCACAGAAUAUGCUGCAAUAAAUAUUAAAGUUUAAAAAGAAUGUUAAGAAAAAGGCAUCAGGGGAUGAGAUUAUCUUUUGGUGGUGCUUUUAGGUUACCCUUUCUCUGAAUCUCAAUGCUAUUUCAAUGGGUUAUCUGUUUGCAUGCUAACUAUUGACAUUUCUCAUUUGAACAGCAGUGUGGUGCUCAAUAUAUUUAAUCAAUAUGAAAAAAACAGACUAUUAGUCCAUUAGUGUCUGGUUGUGAGAUUGGAAUUAUCAAAUGGCAGACUGAAAUUUGAGCAUUGCAUCAUUAUCUGCAGUUGCUUGCUUAUUGCAAUCAACAUAGUAAAAGGUGUACAUUUUACUUUGGUUACUUGAUGCAACAAACAGACCAAUCGGUGGAACAAAGGACACUGCAUUCAGAGGACUAAGAAAAUACAUUUUUAGAACUUUCAUUCCAGAGAUUGUUCAUAUUUUAAUAUUUUAAAAUAAAAGCUAUCAGAUCAGCGAUGAAUAUACAUGGAGCUUUCCAAAGUCAUUCUUAAAAUUUGUAACCUGUAAUAAUCUAUUACAAGAAGAAUGAUUUUCAUCUAACAACUGUGCUGAAUUUAAUUUUUUUAACAAACAGAUUAAUAACUUAAUUGAAUCAAAUGCUUUAAAUGAACAAUAUUACACAGAUUAAUAUUAGGAGAUGAGAAUAAAUCGUGUGUUAAAUAUUGGUCAUUUUUGCAUUUUUGUUUCAAAAUUCAUUCUAAAAGCUUCAAAACUGUAAGCAUUUGCAUUGACUAAAGGGAAUUUGUUGCUUAAAUGAAACCUGUUCCUGCAAUACACAGUGUUUGGACACCUCUCUUGUAUUUGCCAUCAUCCUUCAACAACUUUUUUCUGUUUAAAUACAAAUCUUUAAAGGCAGAUGUUUAACUGUACCAUGCUGAUACUUUAACCAUCUUUCAAUAGCAUUUAAAUUUAGUGGAAAGCACAUUUACUGCAUAUGUUCAGAAUAUGCAGUGUCAUAACAUUUUGAGUAUUGAUCACAAUUAGUUUAUACGGAUUCAUGUCUGCAUGUUGCAGUGGUUAAAAAGUGCAAUAAUUUAAUUUAAUCCAAUGGACCCAGGGGAAAUUAAUUAGAGAAAGGAGGAGUGUAUCUAUAAGAAAUUUCACAGGAGCAACCAAUGACUGCUUCUUGACACAACUUGCAAAGCAAAGUAUUGGCCAGAUAUUACAUGAGAUUGUUUUCCUUCUCGUCAAUAAACUUACCAAUGGGAUUUUCCUAUUACCAGCUCAUGCCACUUAGAUAGGUAACUUAUCAACAAUAAGAAAAUCUUCCCCAUAGUGUUUAGCAGUCCACCACAUCUGAUCAGUAACCCAGAUACUGCUUCAGUGACCAGUGAAUAGUUUAUCUCACAUACUGUAUUAAUGGCUAAGAGCAAAAAGAGUAAUAGAGAUGCAUGGUUUGGGGAAUUCAAACUUCUGUGAAAAUAGCUUUCAGGAAGACUAAGUGAUAACACAAAACUCAAAAAGGCAGUUCAGGUUAAUUAACUGGAAUAUUAAAUGAAGUUAAGAAAAAAGAGAGAAGCAAAUUUUAGACAAUUAAAAAUUCAGAGACAUGGUUUUGGCUAUGUUAGCACAGGAUGGUGUUUUAAUGACCAAAUAUAUUCAUUAAGGAAUAGAAAACGAAUGACAAGUGCAUGACAGAUGUGUUAAACAGAAGUUUCACAACAUUUUUCACAAAUAAAAGCUGUGGUCAAAUUCCAGAUCCUGCUGUUUUGCUUCACAAAUAUUUAAUACAAGUAAAGUAUGUCGUCUGUACAUAGGCCAUAGAAUCAUAAAAAUUUACAGAACAGUUUUCAGGUCAACCAGACCUUAGACGAAUGUACUAGUUAGUGCAAUAGGAAUUAGGCUUUGGUUAAUAUUGUUUGCAUGCCAUAAACCCUAUGUGAGAACUGGAGGGUAGCAUGUCUUUACAUACUGUAACAAUUGGUGGUAGUGAAAGAGAGCACAGAGUACCACAUAUUUUCUCCCACUUAAAAAUCUUUUACACCUUUGUUCAAGACAAGUGAAACUAGUUAACCUAACAAAACUUGAGAGCAAUAUGUGGGAUAUUAUUAUCAAUCUUUAUCAGGAGAAACCCAGAUCUACAAAUCAACUUUGAUUUAGAAUAAAUAAUUGCUCAUGAAUCUACUGAAAUUAAUUGAGGAAAUAGUUAAACUAGUGGAUGAGGGAAAUCCAGCAUACAUAAUGUACAGGAUUUUCAAAAGAUAUUUGAUAUUAUUCCACAAACAAGGCUUAUGAUCAACAGUCAUGGAGCUAAUCGUGAACCAGUUUGGAAAUAGAAAGCAGAAAGUAACGAUUGAAGCAGAUGGGUCAAAGAUAUAAAAGUAGAAUCAUCCUACUAUUUGUGAAAGGUUUGUGAAAGCAGUCUGGAAUAUACAUUGAUCGGUACCAUCAGCCAGUGGAAUUAACCGUUUUUACUGUAUAAGAACCAAAUUGUUUUAUUUAUCAGCAUAGUGUUGUGUUC